UUAUGAAGCAACAUCCACGUUUUUUUUAAAGUAAGUCCAUAACAAAACCCCUGCGACAUUUGCCAGCCUUUUAAGUCCAAGUGUCGUGAGGUUUGAUAGUUUAUAUUACGUGUCGCGCUUUACGUACGAUGCGUCAAGAAUGUGGAAUAACGUCGAACUUUUGCUGAACGAGGACACAAACACGGUCCGUCUCUACAACGAUGUUGAACAAGAGUCUGGAAACGCGUUGUAUCAAGUGGAUAACCUGGUUAAAAUAUCAUCCUCCGAAAAGGUUGUGUCUAAGCCAAAUGUCUAUGCCUCCAGUACUCCAAAUUGCUGCAUCAUUGUGGUUGACACUGCAGUGGUUCUCUUUGAUCCCAGUUUUCAGACUGUCCUGAUUCACCUGUAUUUUGACUCUGUAGUGGACGCAGUCACUGUUUGCCCCCAAGGACAGUUUCUUCUGGUAGGAGAGAGAAACGGGAGUCUGCACAUCAUCUAUAUCCCUCUGAAAAAGACAGUGCUGACUAAAAAUCUGCCCCAGCAAAAGUCCUCUUGUGGUGAAACAACCUUUAAGAGCCUAAUACUGCAUGAGAAACCUGGUUCUAAAGGAGAUUAUGAUCUCUUUUUUGUCAUCAAGGAUGGAUUUCUACAUGUAUCCAAUGUUGCUUUGGGAAAAAUACAGAGAGCGAUUGAAAACAUGGAUCUGGUGGUCUUGAAUAAGAUCCAAGAAGAUAUUCUCAUGAACUUCUUCUCAACUAAAGAGAUUCAUGAAGACGGUUGUAUUUCAGCGAGUCUUGUCUGUUUUGGAAGCACAAACCACCUUCUGAUUGGGGCAGACGGUGCUAAUGUUCUUUCACUUUGGAGCAUGGGUCUCCAUCAGACAUCCAUGUCUCUCACCAAACUUCUAGACUCUUCUUUGAUGUCAGAGGUGAAGAAAGUUCAAGUUGUGGAUAAUUUGAUGUACGUCCUAAAUAAUGAGGGCAUGCUCAGUAUGUUGGACAUUCAUUCGUUUGUCAUGCUUUGUUGCUGGCCGGAUCAAUACGUUGUGGAUUUCCUGCUGAUAUCAGAUGGAAACUCCUCAUCUAUUACACAGCAAGAUGAUAACUCCCUGAAAAUCAUGACCUUGGUAGUUGAAGGAAACAAGGAUCACAGUAGGAAGCUUGUGGUGCAGUCUCUCUCCUCUAUGGAGGUUUUCUACUCUCUAGAAGUUUCUUCUGAGUCUUGGUUGAUCCAAAAGGGAAUCAGUAUGGACACAAUCUACUUACUGGAGGGAGUUUUGGCUAACACAAAGAGCAGCCCUGAAGAUCCAGUUUCAACUGUUGUGAUAAGAUGCUUCACUGAGGCGCUGCCAGAGAACCGGCUAAACAAACUUCUUUAUAAGCACAAGUUUGAAGAAGCAGAAAAAUUUGCAAAAACCUUUGGCCUUGAUGUUGAGCUGGUGUAUAAGGUUAAACUGAACGUUGUGCUGGAAAAGCUGAUCUCAGCAUCAGGAAAUGAUCAAACACUAGAGUGGCCUGAGCUCAUCCAAGAGGCCAAAACCAACCUGAUGAAGAUCAUGGAUGAGCAGUUUGUGGUGCAGUAUUGCCUCAGUGCUUCGUGGCCUACACUCAGCAUAGCCGAGGAGAUGCUAAAUUACACCUUAAACCGUUUCCCAUGCUACCAGAUCCAAACAGGCCUUGCUAAGCUCGCCACGUUCUCCAGCAUGUAUGGACACAACAACUUUGAUGGCAUCAAGUGGAUUGAGUUCUUGAACAGCACAAAUUAUCUCAAAGACAUCCUUGCUCUUCUGAAAGAAGGGAAUGUCAGUGGAGCGCAAUACCUGUGGUUACGACAUGAGGGUGAGUUUGCCAGUGAGUUUGAUGAGGGUUGUCUCCAUGCUCUGCUGAGCUCCAUUUCAUCUGACAUCCCAUCACAGGACCUCAGUCCUUGGUUUAAGGGUGUUGUGGUCCCAUUUGUGUGGAGGGUGCUGCCCAAAGGACAGAAAAUCAUUGCCAGGUGGUUGGAGCACCGUGCAAGGAAUCUGGAGUUAACAGAAAAGAGUGACUGGCCUCAAAAUGGACUGCUCCUGGCUGAACUUGGCUUGCCAUCCCUCUGGAGGUCUAUGGGUUUGGCUGAAAUCUGUGGAGCAGAGGAAGUGGAAAGUCUGAGAUCACUUGUGGCAAACCUCCGGCAGCUUUGUGACCUCUACACCAAAUAUAAUUGCCACCUCUCACUAUCUGACUAUGAACGUGGAAGCACACGUAGCAUGGCCUUUCUGAUGCUGGAUAAGGUGCAGGCCCCAGAACUGAUUCCUGCAGUAGUCGAGAGCAGCAUUGAACCAUACGCUCUUGAGAAUGGAUUGGACCUGGACCAGACUCUCCUAGAUUAUAUUAAGGACUUGCUUGAUUGUUGCAGCUCUCAAAUCACUUCUCUCUUCACUGAAUGGGAGGCAAAAGCUGUGGCUGUACUACACUGCAUGAAAGACACUAAUAAGGUGAUGGAUGCUGUGAUUGAAAUAAUGUACAAGGCUGUGGUACCUUGGAGUGACACCAUUGAGAAACUUGUUCAGCUGCACUUGGAGAAGGAACAUCCAAAACAGGAGUUGCUGAAAGAAGGAUACAGACUGAUGGAAAUAAAGAAGCUUCUUAGAUGCUAUGGUAUCCGCAGCUUGGCCCUUUCUAACAGUCGGGAUAUCAUGAUGCUUGUGAGGUACAUCCUGAAGCAAGACCUGCCUACUUCUCUGGAGGACUCACUGAAGCUAAUCCAGGCCUACAAACUAAACCCAGCAGAGUUCCACCACCUUCACUGCAUCCAGCUUAUAAAGUGCAACAAGAGAGAGAAGUGCACUACACUGCUGAAGAGUCUGCCACAUUCUGAUGCCAUAUUUGUGAUUGAGCGAAUGGCAUGCUGGGCAAGACUUGAACUCCAAGACAAGCAACACAUUUCUGAAGAGCAGAAGAAAUUACAAAUGCUAGUAUCACAGACUAUGGUCGAAGCUUUAAAGUACCUGCAGAGCAUUCAAACAGAUGACGCUUUUAAGAAAACUGAAUGUGAGAACAAUCUGAAGAUGUUCACAGCCAUCGCUCAUCUACAGGAAGACUUUGACAUCUUUUUGACACCAGAUGAAUAUGAUGAUCCAGUGGUGAGACAUAAGUUCAACCAGCAGCUCAUCACCGCAUAUGAGAACACACAGGCAUGGAGACGUUCUGGAAAACAACACCCAGACAAGGUUUCAGACAAUCAACUUAAUGGCAAUGCUGCAGUAGCCAAUGAUCCGGAUGGGAAAACCAAAAGCCUUUCUACUGAAGCGGGCCUACAUCGGCUGGCCAGACAGCUGCAGAAGACUGAGCAGGAGCUGUGGGCAGACCUGGCACUGAGAGCUCUGGAUGCAGGAAAUGUAGAGAAAGCCCUGCAGAUCCUCAGUGAGUUAUAUCAGCACCACUCGAACUGCAGAACAGGACGAGUUUUGUUCAGCACCGCCCAGCGCCUCUGCCAAAUGCUGGAAGAAAAUGUGCCCAUGGUUUUACCAGAAAAGACAAACCUGCCUGCUGUCAUCCACCGGCUGGCCUGCCAGGCAAUAACAGUCUGCCACAGUGACCUCUUGCUGGACUGUUUGGAACUGUGUAAAAGCACCCGAACUGCUGCAGAUGUGUACAGACAGUGUCAGAUUGAAGAUUUUGGAUUUUUUGCUAAGGACUCUUCAAUAAGUGGUGAAGAGGAUGCGUAUGCCGAAUCCCAUUUUCAUGAUGUGUUUAAUGAGGAUGGCAUUGUGCUAGAUCCAGUUUCAGUGCUUCCGCUCCAGUAUAAAAUCACCAGAAAUUUGUUACCACUGUCAGAAUCAAGGCUUUUCCCUUUUGGCUGCUCCUGUCUGUCAUACUGUUCCACCAAAGAAGACACUGAGUUGGUUGGGCCUUUGCUCAAUCCCAUGGCCUCUAUGCUGCAAAUGCUCCAGGAGUGCAGUCAGCUUGAGCUGGCCGUGCGACUUCUGAUGGAGUCUUACGGCAGUAUACUCCUGCACUUUGUUUCUAACAACAUGGACAUCUCGCUAAGCAAAAGGCUUCAGUCUAACAACCGCAUGGCCAGAGACAAACAAACUCUGGACAAAAUCGAGAAAACGGUCCUCUCGUCUGUCACUGUGGUCGUGGUCUCCUUGUUACAGAAGGUGCUCAACUGGAGGGUGGUGGACUCUGAUUUGGCCAUCGGACUUUGUACCAUUUUGUCCAAGGCAGCAGUCAUCGAUAUUCUGUGGAAGAUCAUCAAUAGUGCCUGGCAAAAUUACGACAAGAUUAAGGUUGUUGCUAUGGUGGGAGCCCAUGUAAGUUUUUUGUAUAAGGAUGAAGAGGAGAGGGGAAAGUUUGUGUCUGUCAUCACUGAUGCAGAGUGGGGCGUUCAGCUCGGCAAGCUUGGGGUUUCCAUCCAGUCUGUGUUUAGGCAGUGCACAGAGACCAAGAGAAACUUGAUUCCUACACUUGUGAAAAACAAAAACAUCACUCCUGACAUCAUACUGCAUUACUGCAGCACUUUUGGACUGGACAGCUAUUCUGCAAUCAAUCUGUACAUAACCACUCUGCUACUGCAGGAAGACAGGUGGUACGAGAUGGAGAUCGAAGGAGAUGCUGAAAGUGCCCUACGGGUUCAAGAGUCUCUGCGAGGAAAAGACGACAUGCUUGAAAGCGCUCUACAGAUUAUCCCUCAGCUCGGUUCUACCAAAGACCUUGUGAUCAGCCUCAACACAGCUUUAACAAAGCUAAAUCCAUACAACUAUGAGUGGAUAGAAAGAGUGCUUAAAACCAUUCAGAUGGCUGAUGAGAGCACAACCCUUAUACCCCUUGGACAGAUGGUGGGAUUACUCCAGCACUUAAAGUCCCAUAGGCGAAUCUCUCCCCCCACUGAUCUGGAGAGCUCAUAUCUUUUGGAGAACAGUCUUGAACCCACUGCUCUUGCUAACACUCGCUUGCCUUUUCAUCUGCUCUUCCAAAGCAGCCAUGCCUUUUGGAAAAUUGUCUCUCCAGAACUUAGUGAGGAGACUUUACCAACACUCCUUCUCAUCUGUAAAUUAAUGAAGGUUAAUCUGGAUAAGCUGUAUGUUUUAGCUGUAAACCAUGUGUUCAAGAAGAGUCUCUUGCCUUUGCUGAUGGACCAGACAAAGAAAAUCCAGCAUCUUGGCUCCAGCAAAGAGUUGUGCAGUGUGACUGAGAGUGUGUUUCAGCAUGCGCUCUGCAUUCAGAAUCUGGAGCUUGCUGCCGCCACAGUACAUAAAAUCGCUCAGGAUCUUCCAGCAGGUGCAGUAAAGACUGAUUUCCUAAAGUUUAGCCUGGAUCUUGUACACAAGCUGCUGAAGUCUGAUACUCUGGAGGAAAGUCUGCAGGCUCGGGGUGAAGCGCUGAUCUCCAAGCUGCAGUUGCAGUAUCAGCGAUCGGCCACCGAAAACGCUCUUCUUUCAUCUCAGCUCGGCUCUCCAGAGCUUAUUAAACUUACAGGACUGCCUGGACGUCUUAUUGUAGCUCUCUUUGAGCAUAGCUCAGUGCUGGACCGGAUGAAAAACCCUGCUGGGCAGACUUAUCCUGAUAUUCAUAGCGUGGCCAGCGAGAUCGCUUCCAUCAAUGGUGUUGAUCUUCUAAAGAUCCGGAAUAUUCUUCUGGAGAAGUGGCUGUGUCAAACAGGGCAGUCUAAUGGCAAGGACAUCAAUCAUCAGGACAACGUGACUGAUGUAAACGAUGAUCCUGAUCUCAUGAGAGUUGUUUAUUUGCUGCAGAUGCAUCCCAUGGAUAUAAGUGCCCGUUUGCUCAGUCCUGUCCUGACUUCACAGACAUGGCCCCUGGGAGGAUCAGGUCUUCGCUUGACCUUUGAGCACCGCAGUCGUGCUCUGCUCUGUCUCACUCACUUAACAGAUGCUGCCACUCUGGAGACGCUUUCCAACCAGCCUAGCAGCAAAAUCAAGUAUUAUUUGAAGUGUUACAUGUAUCUUGCUCAGAUGGAGGCCCUGAACAUUCCUUAUACCCUGGACAUGUUCAUUAGCAGCCCCAAAGAAGGCAUGAUUAAGGGUUUAUGGAAAAACCACAACAAUGAACCUCAGGCUGUCCGUCUUGUGGCAGAUCUUUGUUUGGAGUAUGAAGUUUAUGACUUGCAGCUGUGGAACAGUGUCCUGCAAAAACUUAUAUCCUUCAAUAUGACAAGCUACUUGCAGAAGGUUCUUGAAGCUCUCAUUGCUGUGCCCAGCCUUUUAGAGGGACAAAGUCUUUCCAGAAUUUGGCGGAGUGUGAUUCAAGCCCCUUUUUUGACAGCCUCUCUUCCUCUCAGCCCUCAACAACACAUCGUUAUGUAUAAGACAUUUGUCCUGCUUCUUAAAUGCCCAUUUUUAUUCACUUUGGACCUGGUUGCCAUUGCCAAGCGGUUUUCUCAGUUCAGCCUGCAGGCCUUUUCUUUGGGGACACUUUUGCUCAUACCUUGUCUCAAAAAGAAGGAACCCCAGAUUCAAAGCUUCCUGUUGUCCUGUAAUCCUACUCUUAUUUUGGAUCAAACAGAGGAAAGCAUGGCUACCGGAGAGUUAGCCGGCAUUCCUUCACAGAUUAGAGAGACAGUGUUUGCAUUUCUUUGUCGAAACGGCAAAUCCCAGACAUUGCUGAAGACCAAACACUUUACUUAUUUGAAGAGGCACUUGAUCUUGAAGGGUCAUUCUGAAGCCAUUCAGGAGCUGCUGAACUGCCUUGUAGAGCAAAAAAGUGAAGAUGAGGCCAUUUCCUUUGCUAAUGAAUAUCUGCAAUACCGAGAUCUGAAAGGAGGGAAAACAGCACCUGCGAGCGACCCUUUCUCUGAUCCUGUCAGGGAUUUUUUGGAAAAGGUGCUAGAAUCCAAGGGUACACAAACAGUGACCUAAGAUUAUCAAGUUUUUUUUCUAAAAAUGUUUUGUAAUCUUUGGCCAGUUUUGUAGUAUUUUCACUUAGUGCAGUUCCACAAAUGUUAUGUGUUAUUUUACAUUGAAUAUUAUUACCAUUAUUGACAAUAUUCCAGAACUUAUGUUUUGUGGAUUUAAACACAAUUGUAAAUGUUGGCACUUAUCUGCUUUCUAAAUAAAAUUAACUAAUUUUGCUUUCAAUAAUAUGAACAUUUUUGUAAACAAUUUGUCUUGCAUUGUCGUAACUCUCUUUUCAUUUUAGUAAAAAUGCUGUGUUCCACACAAUUCCUUCAUGUCGUCCC